AUGAAACAUCCAGUGAUUAUUGCUAACGGUUCAAGGUUAGCUGAAUUACUAAUGGAUAAUGCUCACCGGGAGAUGAAGCAUGGAGACAUUCAAGUAAUGGUGCAAUUUAUAAGACAAAGGUACUGGAUACCAAAGUUAAGGGAUGGAUUAAGAAAUCACAUUCAUAAAUGUGUUGUUUGUGUGCGAUUAAAUGCACGAAUGGAGGGACAACUGAUGGGAGAAUUACCAUCAGAGAGAGUCCAGGUUGGGAAACCAUUUUUAGCUACCGGAGUAGAUUAUGCUGUUCCUUUUGAAUUAAAGGUAUCCAGUGGAGUAGGAGGGAGAAAAAGGAGAAAAUGUUGGGUUUCAAUAUUCGUCUGCCUAAGAACUAGAGCAGUUCAUAUUGAGAUCGUAGGAGAUCUAUCAACAAUAGCCUUCAUUGCUUGUUUUGAACGGUUUAUUGCUAGGAGAGGGAGAUGCGAGAAAAUGUUUAGCGACAACGGAACUGCUUUCGUUGGCGCAUCUAAAGAACUAAAUAAAGCUUUAAAAGUCUUUUCAGAUAAAGAAGCAUUGGAGCAUUUGCAUAGCAAAGGAACUGAAUGGCACUUCAUGACCCCAGCCGCACCACACCAAGAAGGUAUAUAUGAGGCUGCGGUUAAAUCGAUGAAGUGUCAUUUAAGGAGAAUACUUGGGCAAAAGAUAUUGCCUUAUGAGGAGUUUGCAACGUUAUUAACGCAGAUCGAAGCCAUCCUCAAUUCCAGGCCGCUUCAUCCGCUUAGUGACGACCCAAUGGACGUUCAGGCGCUAACGCCGGGACAUUUCCUGGUAGGUGAACCACUAAUUUUACCUCUUCCUUUCAGAUUAGACGAAAGACCAGAUACAGUGGGAGCUAAACUCUGGAAAGAGGGACAACAAAUGGUUAAUCAUUUCUGGACCAGGUGGCAGUCAGAAUAUUUGACCACUCUGCAGGAGCGGAAAAAAUGGAGAAAGGUGAAGGAGAACUUGAAGGUUGGUCAACUGGUCGUUCUCAAAAAUGGUAAACUAAUUAUCAAUGUACCUGGUUAUGCAGAACCCCUUAUUACAUAUUUGGAUAAAAAUCCCAUGAAAAUAAAUUUUGUUGGCCUUGCUACUUGGAAUAAAAACCCAGCUAAAUGGUUCUACAACUGUCAAUUCGACGAAAAUUUUCCAACAUUGGACAAAUUUGAUGACAAUCAAGUGAUAGAGUUUCAACAAGAAGUUAUUGAGGCAGUGAAAAAAGUCAAGAAAACUUCAACUAGACAACAACCGAUUCCGCGAGUAGAUGUACGGUCUGGAUUGUGCUCAUGUGCUUAG